AUAAUAAUUGAUAAUAAUAUAAGAUAUAUAGAUAGAUUUGAAAGUGAUUCCAUAUUGGAUUUGUGGUUAUACGCGUCGUGUGUGAUUGUUCGACUCAUGACUCGCUUGUCGGAAGAGUUUGACUGUGAUCCCGAGACAAUUACCGAUCACUUUUCACAGGCAAUAAAAGUCAGGAACAAGAUUGGAAAUGGAUAGACCAUGUUGUCGAAUUGAUUGGCUCGUUUCUGAACAGAGAUCCAGUAUCCAGUGCAACGAAAUUGUUGAGUUGUUGUAUACCAAUUAUCCGAUUGGCCAGUUUCGGACAAAAACCAUCAAUCAAUCAUUCAAUCAUUCGAUUGUGUGAUAUGGAUUAGUGUGGGGAAAAAAUAAAAAGAAAGCAGUUCUCAAAAUAGACGAUUGUUUUGUUUUUGUUUUGUUUCGUGCUUGCUUGUUAUUGGUCACGUUCAUCUGCGAAAUUCCAAUUGGUCAUUUAUUGGUGAUGAAUAACCACCUGCCAGAAUGCAGCUUCCGGAUUGUAUUGUUCGACUGAGCGAUCUAUCACGUAACACGUAUCAGAUGUUGAUUGCAUAGUUGUGAGCAAAAUUAGCAUCCACUUAUCAGUGGUGAUUAGCAUAUGCUUGAUGAAUCGUUUCCUGACCAUCUGCUUCGUGAAAAAUGCACACCAAUCGUAAUAAAUGGCUUGGAGCCAUCCACUAAAAAUUUAAGUGGUUCACGCCAAAGACACACAACAACAACAACAACAAUCUGAUUAUCUGAUCUGAUGAGCUGACACAUCUGCGUGUGUGUGUGAAUCGUGCCUGUUUGUGCGUGAUGAAAACGAUUAUCAUUUUGAAUGGUCAGCCUUGCAUGCAUGUCUAUCUAUUCAUCUAUUCAUCUACCAUCUAUCGAGUGAGUCAUAUAAAAUGACCAGAAUCAAUCAUCAAUCUGGUCAUUAUUGAAAUAUUGAAAUGGAAAAAGUCAUGACAACUCAACUUGCUAGUUGUUGAUCCAAGUUGACUUGUCAAAUCGCAACUCAACCAUUCGAGUGGCAAUCAUGAAAGCUUAUAAAGUUGAGUGGUUGGCAGCUAAUAUGUCUUGUAUGUCAGUAGUAAUUUGUUCGCCGUGUCAUCGUGUCAGUCUGGUGGUUGAAUGGUGGUAAUAACCACAAUAUGAUUGUUAACUGGGUUAACAUUUGACUAACAUUAGCCGACGAAGGCGACGACCGAUCAUUGAAUCGGAAAACAGGAACCAGCGGUGGUACACCACCACCACCACCACCACUCAUUCCAAACAUGGCCAAUGUGUCAAAUGUCUUACAACCCCGAUUAUUGAAGAGGACACGUUGCACACGAAAGUGAGAGCGAUUUGAAUUUGAUGGUGAUUGGCACUCACAACAACAACGACAAGAGAGAGUCUAUGAGUUUCCAUUUCCAAAUGUGUACAUUUGGAACCUGUUUCUCUGACAACAUAAAAACGGUGGACGAUGAAUAGUCGAUAAAUAGAGAAGCAGAUAUCAAACACGGCCUUAUUCGCCAUUUGUCUGUCAACAAUUGCCGAUCUCAUUGACGAAUUGAUCGAUAGUCUUGUAGUCUUGAAUAUAGUCUUAGUUCAUUCGGUUGAUCGACAAGGAAAUGGCCAACAAUCGACUAUUGUGGACACUCAUCUGCUGUUCUGUGGCCACCAUUGUAUUGGCCAAUGAACAACCACCCGAGUCCAAGUACCAGGAGAUUAUCCAACUGUUCAACACUAAUAAUAACCGUAACGCAAAUGACCACACGUUGAAAGCUGAAGCCCAGACCUAUUCGGCCACGGUCGCCGAUCCAAACGGUGGUCAUCAUGGAUUCACGUCAUCAGGAUACUCACGGACAACAGAUCCUAGAUCUCGAUACUCGCCCUCAUCAUCAUCGUCAUCUGCAUCGAACGCUGAAGAGGAAGAAGCGAAAAAACUAGCAGAAGAAGAAGAGGAACGGAAACCCGAUCGCCUGGCUUUGUUGCUGGCCGAAUCCAAGUUUAGCUGUGAUGGCGUCAAGAAUGGCUACUAUGCCGAUGAGACUGUCGGAUGUCAGGUGUUUCACUAUUGUGUCGAAGGCGUCAAACACAGCUGGCAAUGUCCGGAAAACACCGUUUUCCAUCAGAUUCAUCUGAACUGCGUUCCCAACACUCAGGACAUUUGUCAGCAAUCUUCCAAAUACCACAUUGUCAAUGAAUACCUUCACAAGGAACUGGACGAACGUGGUCCCAACAACACUGUUCUCUAUCAUCAGCGAUUCUACCCUGAUGGAUUUGACUACUCUGGUGGUGAUCCUGUUGCCCAGAUCUUCCAAGCACAAGCUCAAGCUGCAUUGCAGAAAGCGCAUCAAGCCCGUCGGCAACCACCCAGCCACCCAAACCUAGAUGAAGAGGAUGAUGAUGAUGAACCAUCAGCAGCACCAGUACGAUCGCGAACACGAUCUCGAACUCAGUCUUACCUGAAUCAGGCAACCAAUAGAGCACCUGCCAAUAAACCACAAUCACUGUAUCGACAACCACCACCGCUCAAGCCGACAUCGCGACCAUCGUUGAGUGGUUAUACAUCAUCACCUGAUACAUCAUUCUCGCCGCCAACCUAUACCGAACAACCACAAGAUGAUUUCGGAAACACCGACUUUUCCGAUCAUCAUUCGUCGUCUGGAUUCGAUGGAUCGAGCUCGUUGUCAGCAUCGCCCAAUGCAUUCUCAAGUUCGACAUUCCAGUCUCCAAGCUCGUCGCAAAGUUUCCAGCCAUCUGGUUCGCCGUCCGCUGGCUAUACGUCGACCGGAUCUGCCAGCUCUUAUCAAUCGACUGGAGCGUCUUCAAAUUCAUUCUUGCCAUCCAACACGAAUCAAGGCACAUUCCGGUCAUCACCAUCACGAGGCAGUUCGUCGUCGGGCUAUCCUACUCGAUCGUUGGGAAUUCCUAUCGCCAGUUUCCGUGUGGCUCCAGCGUCCAACUUUGCUGGUUCAGAAGUGCCGAACGCACAGGCCAGUACCAUUCAACAGGUAAAGGUGUCUCCCAUGAUGAGUUUCACUUCAUUGAACAACAAUGGAGCCGACUUGAUGGACGAGAAUCGCGCCAUUCUCUACUACUAACACUUGGUUCGGUUCUUUUGAUAAUCUUGAUAUCUUGUUGUUGUACAUAUUCAAUUCAUUUGUUUGCAUGUUUGCACUUGAUUAUUGAUUACUUGUUCUUGAUUCUCCAUCAUUAAACCAUAUGCAUGCAUGCGGAAUGGAAUUUUAAAAGUUUUA